AUGAUACCCCUUGUUCGCGUUGCGUUUCUUCUGGGGGCUGCAUCUCUUGUUGCUGCUCGCCCUGUUGUCGAACACCGCGCCGUCACUCAGCUCGACCAAGCUGCGACCGAGGAAGCUCAACAGCGCGACGACACUGCCACGAGGGCGUUUUCCUCGGUGCCGAUCAAGACUUCGGAUGGCCAGUGCCUCUUCGUUGAUCCUUUGUCGGGAGAUUUCCGCGAGAACUUGACCCCGAUUCAAGUCGGGGCCUGUGAUGGGAGUCAAGCUCAGGAGUGGGACGUCAUCACCGCCGGCAAACACAACAAUGUGGCAGGCAGUGCGUUGAUCGUCAGUGGUCUGACGCAAGCUUGCUUCAACUUCGAUCCCCGUCGUGCCGCGGGGAAUCAGGUGCUUCUGUUUUCGUGUGGUGGACGUGCUGACGGCGGCGGUGUUGUCACAGAUUCUCAGCUCUUCCCCUUUUCAGGGGGUGCCGGACCUCUGGCCUUCACACCGGAAAAUGCUCCAGGGAGCUGCUUCACGGUCAAAGGAGCCGUCAUCGACAUCGCCGCCUGCGACUCUGCCGAUCCGAGCCAGUCAUUUACCUUGGGCGACACUGCUCCUGCGGCCAGUGGUCCUCCGGCGACCACGGCUGAAGUCGCCUCUGAGGGCGCAAGUGUCGCGACAGUGACGGUGUCCCCAACUCCUGCCGAGUCCGCAACCUCCUCAGCUUUAGCUACGGCCAUCAUCUCCGCAUCACCACCAACGGUUGCCGCCCCUGCUCCCACCACCGCCACCGCGGCAUCUGCUGGUAUCAUCUCCGUCUCCCGCGCCGGCAGUGUCCUGAACCCAUCCGACGCCGCCGAAGCCAACCCCCGUGACGACACUGCAACCCGCGCGUUCUCGUCCGUGUCGAUCAAAUCGUCCUCGGGGCAAUGCCUCUUCAUCGACCCAACAGCAGGCGACUUCCGAGAGAACCUCAUCCCGAUCGUGCUCCAGCCUUGCGAUGGCUCGGCAAACCAGCAGUGGGACUUCUUGACCGCGGGCGUCCAUAACAACGAACCCGGUUCGGCCUUGAUCGUCAGCAGUCUGACGCAAGGCUGCCUGAACUUCGACCCCAGAAGGGAAGCAGGUGACACUGUGAUCAUGUUCAGCUGUGGUGGACGGGCCGAUGGAAGCGGCCUCGUCACCAACAGCCAGCUCUUCCCCUUCACGGACGGAGGAGAGACGAGCUUGCGCCUCCAGCCGGGAAAUGGGAACGGCCAAGUCUGUCUGGUUGCCAACGCGGACGGCAGGCUCGACCAGGCGCCGUGCAGCGACGAUGCCAGCCAGGUGUUUACUAUCGGUUGA